AUGGCUCCUACUGAGAAUCUUGAUGCUGUCGUGGUUUCUGUGCCACCCUACAACUACAUUCAUGUUCUUGAUAGAAAUACGAACAUAACAAGACUUGUUACUGGACCAACGACGUUCGUACGCAAGGAUCAUGAGACAAUUACUCAAAUGCCAGUGAGGAUGAUAUCAGUUACAACCAGUGAGUAUUGUGCUAUCUCAAACCCUGUGAAACGCGACGAAGAAGGUAAUAUAAUGGAGGAACAUGGGCAAGCCAUUCUUGACUUCGGUGAAGUUGAAUAUCGUUUCGCCCAGCCGCCUUUUCCAUUGUAUCCUGGGGAAACUAUAGACACUCCAGUCACAAAGUUAGAUGUUUUAUCUGCUGUCGAGGCCUUGUUAUUGACCGCAAAAGUCGGUUUUCUUGAUUCCGAUGGAACUGCUCGUGUUGCUGGUGAUAAGUGGUUGUUUGAAGGACCAGGCGCAUACAGACCACGAAAGGAAGUCGAGGUUUUGAAACGGUGUGAUGCUUUGACCGUUGAACCCAACACUGCUCUGCUAAUCAGGGCUACCACAAAUUUCACCGAUAAAAAUGGCAGAAGGCGUUUUGCUGGUGAAAAGUGGCUAAUAAAAGAUCCUGGUGCUUAUAUGCUCGGUGCCUACGAGCACUGUGAGAGUGUAAUUCACGCUUAUAAUUUGGAUGAGAAGCACGCCCUUCAUGUUCGAGCCAUAAAGUCGCAUACAGAUGACUUUGGACACAGAAGGAAGCAUGGAGAGGAGUGGCUUAUCACCUCAGCUGACACCGAGAGUCACAUUCCAAGUGUCAACGAGGAGGUGAUUCGAGUUGCCGAACCAAUUGUUCUUACAUCAAGAAACUAUUGUGUUGUAUGCGAUCCCUUACCCCAAAUAGAACUUAAAACAGUUUAG